CUGUGGCAUCCACGAACCUGUUCCCAUUGCGUGCCACAUUCGUACUUGACACCGCGAAGACGCUGCCAACCGAAAGCGGACCGAAACGUUUUUUUUUUUUAAUACCAACAAAAAAAAACACAAACAACAAGAACUAAAAUACAACAAAAAGAACAAAAAACAACAACAACAACAACAAUAGCCGUAGAUUGAGAGAAAGAGAAAGAGAGAGAUGCAUCUUGUGGAUUUGGAUUUGGAUAUGGAUAUCGGUAUGGAUAUCGGUAUGGCUAAACGAUCGAUGCGACUAUAUAGUACGGUGUUCCAGUGAUUCGUGUGUGUGUGUGCGUGCUCGAUCGAUCGAUCAGUGGUCAGCGGUUUUUUUUGUUGCUCGGCGAUCCGAUCCGAUCCGAUCCGAUCCGUUCGAUCCGUUCGAUUCCGAGGAGUUCCCGAAACGCCAGAGAUUUACCGAGAAUAUUCGCGUUAAUUGAGCUGUACUUACAGCUGUAGUACAAAUUUGCAUAACCAGGAGAGCGACAGAGCGACAGAGCGAGAGAGGAGGACAUCCAGCAACGGCAAGGGAGGAGCAGAGGAGCACAGAGGAGCAGAGCAGAGCAAGCCAUAAACAAAUCUCGCUUGAGCGUCUUGGUUCACUGAUUUAAUGCCACAAACAGAUUGCAGAUUGUAACCUGCAGCCGCGCCCCGUGCACCACUCCAGCUGCCAGCCACCAGCCACCAGCCACCACCUUCCACCUCCACCUCCACCUCCACCUCCACCUGGAACUCCUGCCACUGCCACUGCCACUGCCGCUUGGUCAACCUGCUUGGUGGAAGCUUGUUUCUGCGGAAGAGCAGCCGCCGUGCCGGUGGAGCGCCAGACCCGGCACAAAAAAAAAAGGAGGAGAGCAAAAGGAAAAAAACAAAAAACACACUCAGAAUACAGUACAACAACUUUGCUGUUGUCGUCGUCGUCGUCGUCGUCGCUGCGUCUUGGCCAACGUCUUCGUCUUUGGCCGAAAGAAUUUUCUUAAAAACAACAAAAGCAAAAAGCAAAAAGCAAAAACAACGCGCUAAGAUUUACAACGCGCGGAACCCAAACACAAACCCAAACCCAAACCCAGAGCCAGAGCCAGAGCCAGCAAAAAGUGUAAAAGGCAAGCAAAUGCAGCAGAAGGAAAAAAAUUAGCGCAUACUGAAGUGUAUCUCUCUCUCUGUGUGUGUGUGUGUGUGUGCGCGUGUGUGUGUGUGCAGUAUUUUUUUUUUUUUUUUUUACAACUAAAAGAAAAAGUUUGAAAAGUGUCAAGCGCGGAAAGCGCGGCGCGGCACGGCACGGCACUCGCCUCGACUCGCCUCGACUCGACUCUCUCCUCGCUAUUCCCGGUUCGGCCAAUAACCCAACGACAUUUUGUGGCAGGCAUGCAAUGCGGCGAGGCGACCCCAACGGGCCAGCCUGCGAGUUAAUUACCGUUAUCCUUGCACAGCAACAACAACACAAGCAACAACUAAACGGUACUCAAGUUGGGGACUACGAUUACGCCCCGCAGUCGCCCCGCUGUGUGAAAGGACAACCACAGCGACAUCGCCAUCGCCAUCGCCAUAGCCAUAGCCAUCCGCAUCCCCUGCCCCAGCCCCACCAUCCCGUACGCAGACCAAGACAAGGCCAAGUCGUCGUCAAGCAAACAUUCCAAUCGGAAACGGGCUAAUUGGCACACUGCGUAUCUCAAAACGAGCUACAGUUUUUUCGCCGGAUAAGAGCCGGAGGGAGACUCCAGUGGCCGUUCAUCAUGCGCUAAACGGAGCAGCGAAAGGACAACGGCGAUUGGACAACCGAGCAGAGGAACGAGCGAGCGAGCGAACGAAGGAAGGAAGGAAGGAAGAACCAGUCAAAGGACACACCAGAAGAGCAGCGGCAGGACCCCCCGCCCCCCCUCCGCUUCCCGCUUCCCGCACCACCCACCACCCACGGAAAGAUGCCAUCCAUAGCCAACAGCAGCAGCAACUUCCUGACUGCCAACGAUGCGCGUCUCAGUUACGUUGUAGAUCCUGUGGCAUCCUCAACGGCAUCCGCAUCCUCAUCCGUAUCCUUAACCACAUCCUCCGCCCUCGAUGCUGCCUCCGCCUCCGCCUUUCCCACAUUCAGUCCGCCGCGGAUUGAGAGUCUGGUGGCCAGCUCUGCGGAGCAGGACUUGAGCAGCUUCGGUGACGUGACAUUCGACAUCUUCGACGACGAUGACGAUUUGUUCGGCUCACCGAUGGCCUUCGAUGCCACCGAGCAGGGCCUGUGGAACGGCCGCUUCGUGCCGCCGCCGCCGCGUCCCCCCUUCUUCGUCGACGAGCCGGUGCUGAGCGAUGGCCUAACCACGUGUGAUUUAUGCUCCUGGGCCAUGCCCACGAAGAACACCUUCAUGUUUGAGGGUACGAUAGAAAAGGCCACGGAACUGGGCUGGCCGCUGACGCUGAUCAUUGUGUCGGUGCUGUCGGCGCUGCUGGGCGCCAUCAUCAUGAUUGCUGUGGUGCGAUGUCGCCGCAAAAAGUCCUCCAACAAUCGGAAUGACACGCACGUGCAGUGGUGGUCCCGGAACAAGCGCGCCCACGGCAAUAGCCUCAGUGGAGCGGGCGGCGGCAGUGGUGGGGCCGGUGCCAGUGCCGGGAGCAGCGCCAACCUCCACCACCACCCCCACAAUGGGAGCAACAACAACAUCAGCAACAACAACAACCAUUUGCGGCGAAGCAACAUCUAUACGGCACACCCGGCGGACAGCAUACGAUGCCCGUUGCCGCUGCCACUGCCACUGCCACUGCCACCAUCCUCGUCAUCGCCCACGCUGGGGGGCACAGUCAUGGCCAUGACCAUGUCCCCAUCAUCAUCAUCCACAGCAGCAGCAGCAGCGGCAGCGGCAGCAGGAGCGAAUGGAGCAGCAGCCAGCGCGCCUCCGGGCCAGCACUACUUCCAUCCAUAUCACCAGCAGCAUCAGCAUCAUCCACAUGCACAUCCACAGCAUCCACAGCACUCGCAGCAUCCACAGCAUCCCCAUCAUCAGCUCCAGCUGCAGCAUCAGCAUCAGCUCCACUCGCAUGCACAUCAUCCGCAUCAUCAGCAGCAGCAGUCGUUGCAACAGCAGUCGUUGCAUCAUCAUGUGCCGCUCUACCCGCAUGACUGUGACGAGGACGCCGCCUACGAGGAGCCCGAGUACCAUCAGCCCCAGCAGCUGCGCUCGGCCCACAGCUGCUCCUCCAUAUCGUCGGCCUCGCUUUCGGUUUCGGUCUCGGCCCCCUCCUCGCCAGUGCCCACCGAGGCCUCCUCCUCCGCCGGACUGGCGGCAGCGGCAGCCAUUGCCGCCUGCCACUGGCCGCAGGCCACUGCCAGCACGAUGGUGAUUGCCAGCUGAGAGUCGGUCGACGGCUGCUCCUGGACGGUGCAGCCACAGGAGGCACCAGGAGGCACCACCACCAGCACCACCACCACCACCAGCACCAGCAACUGGAUCUGGCAGUGACAUGUUGCCCCGCAACAACAUUUCAACGGUGGCAGUGGCGGUGGCAAUGCUGCUGCCUAAGAUGCUUAAGAUGCGGCGCACAUAUUCUGGUGCAGAUCAUAAAAAGGAUUACACGUAACAAUUUUGUCAAGUCCAUAAGCAUCUAAAGGAUACACUACCGAAAGCUGUAUCUCUCCGUCUCCCUCUGUGUCUCUGUGUGUGUGUGUGUCCCUCUGUGUCUCUGUGUGCGUGUGUGUGUGUCUCCCAAUUGGGAAAACCGAAACGAAUUUAGUGUCACUUCCGUUUCCGUUUUGCAAACUAUCGAACCAGACAGUCAGCCAGGGCAGCCAGGAGGCAGACAUUUCGGUGUGUGGCAUGUGUGGCACCGCCAGCAUGAGAAGGAUGCUCUGCCAAAGCAGGAUGCUCUCUCUCUACCCCGCUCUCGCUCUUUACAUGCCAUGCACGUUUCAUCCUUUAUUGCCGUUCGGCAUUAGAACAGGGAUUUUGUCAGAUUAAAGCAAAUAAAGGGCGUGUGGCCUCUGUUUGCACCCGACAUUCGCAUUCGAACUGGCGAUGGAUGCCACAAGUUUAAAUCGUUGUGUGCCCUGUGUGUGGGGCAGGGGCAGGGGCAGGGGGAGGCUGAGGGUAUGCUGGCCCCACUGCCAGAUGCAUGCUGCAAAUAGGAUAUAAAAUACGACCCGUAGAGGGUAAGCCUCAGUCGAGUUGCUCAAUGGGAUAUUUCCUACUCGCUUCGUUUUUUUUUCGGGACUUAAGCUGUUACACGAUUGUGUGAGUGUGUGUGUGUGUAUGCCUGGGAGCGUGCGUGUGUGUGUGUGUGUUUUGUGGUGUAGCCUCUCGGGACGGGGCGGCCCGCCCCCCACCCCCCGACCACUUUGUGGCUUUUCACUUCAUUCCAAAUGACAUGAGCAAAUAGAUUCCACCACUAACAAGAAACAGAAUCAUUAAAAACAGUGUAAAUAUCGAAAAAGGCACAAGGCAAAGGAAGGCCAGAAGCAAGAGAAAGCCAGAGAAAGUCCAGCCGAAAGGUACUAAAGAAUUAGAGAGAAAAAAGAAGAAAAAAACGGAAAUACUCGCAAGAAUACGGAUAUCCACAAAAUCAAGCAUUUAAUAGGCAUUUCUGCAUUUGCAUUUGCAUUUUUUAAACGAAAACAAAAAACAAACAAAUAAAUAUAUAUAGACAAGCAUAUCAGAUUUAAACACAAACUAAAAAUACAAACAAAUUAAAGCCCCGCAUAAAACGUACUUAAACAAUCAUCAAAACUAAAACUAACAACAAAUAGAAGGAAAGAAAAACAAAAAACAAAAACAACUAUUGUACAUAGAAUUUGUUGCUCCAAUUAGCAAUUAACUAGGAGAGCAUUCAGCCGCAAGUUUCUACGACUAAAUAUCGCAUUAAUCGACAAAAGCAUUCCUCUCUCUCUCGCUCUCCCUCUCUCUCUUUCUCUUUAAAGGUUAAAGUUUAGAAUUUUUUUUUUUUUUUUUAUACACUAAGCAAUUUACUAAUUUAAAAAAUAGACAACAGAAGGAAAAACAAAAAAAAUGAGAAUAAACCAACCAAAGACUAGUCAUUUAAGUGGAAAUGUUGCUAUGUACAAAAUAAAAAGAA